AUGGUAAAUUUUUACGAGCGGCAGUCCGUCACUGUCUUCGUUUUCAUCGUAUGGAGUAUUCAUAUUGGAACAUCGAGCCAUGCAUCUUCCACGCAGCCUCAGCAAGUUCACCUGUCGUAUGGAGCCAAUGAAUAUGAAAGGAUGGUCACCUGGGUAACCUUCGAUCGUACUGGCACUCCCACUGUUGAGUACGGUCCAUCGGGUUUCUACUACGUUGCUCGAGGCUCCACAAACUCGUUCCUGGAUGGAGGAAAGAAAAAGAGGGUUCUGUAUAUUCAUCGAGUAUUGCUUAAGAAUCUCCAAGCAAACGCUGAAUAUAUGUAUCACUGUGGGAGCUCCGAUGCAUGGAGCGCUCUGUACAUGUUCCGAGUGGCAACGUGGGACAGCAGCAACGCCACGAUUGCUGUGUUCGGAGACCUCGGCAGCGCGAACGCUCGCUCAUUGCCAGUGUUGCAGCGGGAAGCUCAGACAAAGGAAAUCGACGCCGUUUUACAUACAGGGGACUUUGCUUACGACAUGCACUCGAAAGAUGCGAAGGUCGGGGAUGAAUUCAUGCGACAAAUUGAGCCGAUCGCUGCUUAUGUUCCUUACAUGACCGCCGUCGGCAACCAUGAAAGCAAAUACAACUUCUCCAAUUACGCAAAUCGAUUUUCCAUGAUGGACAAGUCUGGAACACUCAACAAUUUUUUUUACAGCUUCAACAUUGGCCCUGCACACAUUAUCAGCUAUUCGACGGAGUUCUACUUUUACCUCAAGUAUGGCUGGCAGCAGGUUCCCCGGCAAUAUCGCUGGUUAGAGAAAGACCUCCAGGAGGCAAAUCUACCAGAAAACAGGUCGAAAAGACCAUGGAUCAUCACAAUGUCCCACAGACCAAUGUACUGCAGCAAUACUGGAUUUAGAGACUGCAAUUCAGAAGAAAGUAUUGCUCGCAAGGGAUUUCCCCUGACAAAGAUGUAUGGCCCGGAGAAGCUCUUCUUCAAGUACGGAGUGGACUUGCAUUUUACCGGCCACCAGCAUUCGUAUGAGCGUCUAUGGCCUGUCUACGACGGAGUGGUGUACAAAGGAAACGGAACUGAUCCAUACGUCAAUCCGAGGGCACCCGUACACGUCGUCACAGGAGCUGCCGGAAACUGGGAGAGCCUCUCGCAUUUCGUGACGAAUCCGAAACCCUGGAGCGCUGCUCGAAUUUCAGACUAUGGCUUCACGAAGCUCCGCCUGAUCAACAGGACUCACAUCCAGCUGCAGCAGAUAUCAACCAGAGAGAAACCAGAGGUUGUGGACUCAGUGUUCAUCGUAAAAGACAAGCCGAGAAAUUUUUAGGGAAGUACGGUGGAAGUAUGUAGAAGGAACUUCGAGCUCACAGUGGCUGCAAGUGGACGUUCCGCUUUACUAUGCGGCGACAGCACUGUAUAGUUAGAAAAUUACAAUUUUUUGAAAAAGAGUAUUGAGAACUGUAAUAUGCUGUAGAAAGGGUCUUAAUCGAAUGAAGGCGUUUUUAUUGCAAAUCUCUCAAUAAGUAAAAUUUUAUUCUAA